AUGGAGUACCACAAUGGAACCCAACAAUGGAGUCCCACAAUGGAAUCCCACAAUGGAGUCCCACAAUGGAGUCCCAUAUUAGAGUCCCACAAUGGAGUCUCACAAUGGAAUCCCACAAUGGAGUCCCACAAUGGAGAACCACAAUGGAAUCCCACAAUGGAGUCCCACAAUAGAGUUCCACAAUGGAGUCCCACAAUGGAACCCCACAAUGGAGUUCCACAAUGGAGUCCCACAAUGGGGUCCCACAGUGGAACCCCACAAUGGAGUCCCACAAUGGAACCCCACAAUGGAGUCCCACAAUGGAACCCCACAAUGGAACCCCACAAUGGAAUCCCACAAUGGAGUCCCACAGUGGAACUCCCCAAUGGAGUCCCACAGUGGAACCCCACAAUGGAGUCCCACAGUGGAGUCACAAAAUGGAGUCCCACAACGGAGUCUCACAAUGGAUCCCCAUAA